AUGCAGACAGCUUGUUCACCCGCUGAUGGCGAAGUGUUUCCGUUGCCGUUGCUUCCGCCACCAACAGCCCCUGCCUCGUCCUCAGCACGAUCACGCAACAGGUUUACUAAGAAGUUGCGGCUCUGGAAGUACGCAAUCGGUUUGAUUCAUUUCUUGAAUUUCUUGCAUGUGGGCACAAGUAGACACACCAAGAAGCUUUAUGCAGCAGCGCUGGUCGAUGAACCGAACCAGGCUCAGAAAGCUGUUUGGAGACAUUUGCUUCAGAUUAGCAAAACUGGUCUUCGGGUCCGCCGGGAGGUCCCUCCGACAGGCGGCCAGCCGGCCGUCGCGGCGCUCGUCAAAUCUGCGAAGGUGGAUGCGAUGGGUUAUGCGACGGUUUCCAAGACGCAUGCCCAAGUGCCCAUGGACGCUUCUCGCAUUGUGGAACCGUCGGAUGAACGUGUAGUCGACAUGUUGCAAGCACUACCGCAAGAUGAACGUCAGUUUUAUGCCCGCGAAGAGAACGUCGUCGAACUUCUUGGUAAGAGCAACGUCAUUCAACAAGAGUUGGAACAGCAGUAUGCUUUCGUUGGUGGUAGCCUUGAAGAGUACCUGAAGUAUUUUCAUCGGCAGGAUAUUCCAACAAACAUGUGGGAGUGGAAACGCUUCCGUGAUGUGAAAGCAGUCGCUGGCUUUUCGGUGGUUCCCAAGAAAGAUGGAAGUUCUCAGCGCAAAUUGCUUAUGUGUUGUUCGUUCAACUACUUGCUCUGCGACCCCCGAAAUCGUUCUUCUCUAGGAAUGCAGGGGGCUGGAGCCCUGACACGCAUACAUGUGACCGCAGGGGACAAGUUAGAGCUGGCGGCCUGUGAUCAAUCAAACGCCUUCACACGGGUUGCAGUGCCCAGCUGGAUGGUGCCAUAUCUAGCUGCUCCCCCUGUCACUGCUGCAUCAGUUUGGGGCUUGUUGCCGGGCCACCUAAAAGCGACCAUCAGUGAGUUUGACUUGGUAUCUCCAUGCUACAAACGCUUGCCGAUGGGAUGUAGUCAUUCUGUCCACAUUUUGAUGAUGAUCAACCUGCAGGUCAUAGGACGGUCUCUGAGAGCGAAUGCCGUGGUGGAGACAGGCCAACAUGACAUUCCGCCUGAAGAACAGCCGAAUAGAUUGUUGGAAGAUCUAGGGUGUGAUCACUCAUUCGGUGGCUGCAAUGAUGAUGAAUGGUGGUUUCGCUUUCAGGUCGGAGUUGGGCAGCGUUUCGAGUCGGGCUACUCCGUGCAGGAGUGGUGGGAUGCAAUUCGCGCAGCGCGUUCAUCCAGCGACCGCACAAUCGUUGUCAUGAACUUCUCCGGAGGGGAACGUAGAGACGGUGACGUGCAGGAACAUGUCGAAAAGCUUGCCGCGGAGGCAAAUAUCAAAGUGUUGAUGAUCACAGUUGACCUUGGUUGUGAUUCUCGCUGGGAUGUUGCGCAGCCGGAAACUUUCCAUGAACUCAUGCGUAUGCUGGAAGGCUACGUUGACAUCAUUGUCGGGGGUCCGCCUUGCUCAACGGUGUCUCGAGCCAGGCAUCGCCGCGGAGGUGAGGGUCUCAACCUUCCAAGACCGCUACGUUUUCGUUCAUGCCCAUGGGGUCGCGCAGGUCUCACUACCGCGGAAUCUGGAAGACUCCGUGAGGCAAACCGCUUGUGGUUACAUUUCAUGAUGGCUUGCGAGAAAGUAUCGGCACGAGGAGGGUGCCACUUGUUUGAACAUCCUGAAGACCCAGGGGUUGAGCCCUUCCCUUCCAUUUGGAUCACCCCAGAGAUGAUCCAAUUGGAGUUGCGUACGAAAGCACGGCGAGUCACUUUUGACCAGUGCGCUUGUGGAGCGCCAGUCAAGAAGGGUACAACUGUGUCAGGAACACUGGACGGCAUUGGCGAGUUCGAGCGGUUUCAAUGUCCGGGCGUUGGUCCAGAGCACUUUCAUGCAGGGCAUGCCACAGGGCUUGAUGAACGCGGUUCUUUUCGGUCAAGGCGGCUUCAGGCUUACCCGCCAGCCAUGUGUGAACUUCUGGCGAGGUGCAUCGUGAAGAGUGCUCAGCGUAUGGUGACAGAAGGCUCGGGCCCCACUGGUUACUUACUUCCUGCGGGGGUUCAAGCAGUUCCGACAGCAUGGUCCUUCUCACAUUCACAGAUGCACUCGGCGGGAGUUGACAUUCUCAAUGAGCAGGUAGUGCAUGGGCGGCGCACGCUGCUUUCCUCAACACAGGCAGGUGUGUACUUACACGUGGAUGACACAUUAACGUUCAGCACGGAGUCAUGUAGUUUGUCUGCCGCAGACAUGAUGCACACCGUUGCCAAUUCCAUGGAGGAGAUUGGUUUUGUAGUGCCUGAAAGAGUACUGCCCAAUGAAGUGGUGAAGGUGAUCGGCUAUGCAUGGUCGCCAAGUACAAGCACGUUCAGCUUGCCUCCAAGGAAGAGGGUUUUACUACAGCGAGCUCUGCGAGCGUUGGCCGUUCAACGUCGUGUUGAGGUCGCUGUCCUUCGGGCCGUGAUUGGUCUUUGGUCUUUCGGAGCACAGCUGAGGCGCGACCUGUACGCAGUCCCUUUCGUAAUUUACAACUUCAUUGACAAGUUUGAUGGCUUAACGGUCAGGCUUUGGCCGUCGGUCCGCCAAGAACUCAUCCACAUGGCCACUGCAGUUGAUUUCAUGUAUGCCCUUCCCAGAAAGAGCUUUAACACCUACAAUCCCGUUUUCAUUGCUUCCAGCUGCUUUAUUUUCCGAGUCCAGAUGGACUGUGGUUUUGCAGGGUCGGUGGAAAGACGUUGGGCAUCCGAACAGACGUUCAAGACCUACCUCGACGUCGUGCCUACAGUGAAGCGCACUUUGCCGAUUUCUUUCCUGCUGGAGUUUUCAGGUCGAGCGAUGGGUGAGGGAGUGUUGGAUUUUGACGGCUUCGAAAUCCCAGAUGUCCCAACGCUUCAAGGUCUUCCGCAGGCUAU